AUGUCAGCCAUCGCCAACGCAGCCACCAAUGGCUCAUCAGCCAACGGCCAGCCGUCCGCGCUUAGUGCUCAGGCACAGCAGAUGUUGACCGGUAUGACCAAAGAGAGGCUGCACGGCAUGAUCGCUCGCAUGCAGCAGCUCAAGGCUAGUGGCGUCAAUGAAUCCACAAGCUCCGAGUACGCUACGCUCGUCAACACGCUCAAAAUGUUUCAGCAAUACCAGGCUAUGCGUCAACAACAGGCCGUCGCCAUGCAAGCACGAGCGACACAACAACAGACUACACCCUCGACACCCACUAAACCAGCUUCGUCCGCGUCAUCACCAUCGCAGCCUGCCAUUGCUUCGACACCCGCUCUUGACGCGUCCAGCGCCAACGGCGUCGUCCUCAAGACCGAGGAAGAAAUCUCGCGCUCCUUGAGCCCCGCCAACCUCACACCCGAUCAGCUAAAUGCGCUCAAAACCCAGAUCAUCGCCUUCAAGCUUAUCUCGCGCAACCAGCCUCUGCCAUCACAUUUGCAAGAGGCCAUUUUGGCCGCAGAUCGCGAGUCGGAAGUUCAGGACACCAAGGAUGGAAUCCUCACAACCGCAUCACACAUCGCAGCUGCUGCCGUUGCGUCCUCCAAAGUGGGAGCUGCCAAGGACGCUCCUAAAGUGAGCUCCUCAACCGAAAAUGCGACUGCUUCGACCGCUCCCUCCGACAAGAUCGUCGAGAUUCCAAGACCGCCAAGUCCAAAGGAUGACCCGACUAGCUCAGUCUAUCCGUACAACGCUUAUGUGCACCCCUUCUCGUACAUCUCCAAGCCUUUGCUCGAGGACGACGACUACACUGCAACAAAGCAGCAGCGACUCUUGAUACCCAGCCUCAUGCCUGCAGGUCUCGAACCCAGACUCUUGUUGGAAGAGCGUGACCGCUUCGUCCAGGCGCGCAUCCGCCAGCGAAUCCGCGAACUCGAGUCCUUCCCCGCCGACAUGUCGCAGAGUCCCACCAUGGCCAGCCUCAAGGGCAAGGAAAACGCGCACGACCUCACCUCGCAACUUCACGGCAGCCACCUUCAAGGCGACAAUGCCAAGCUCAAGGCGCUCAUCGAGCUCAAGUCUCUCCAUCUCCUCGAAAAGCAGAAGCAGCUUCGAGAGCAGGUCGUCCAGAGUCUCAACCUUGCCACCACGCUCGGUCUUGACCGCGUCGCCUUCCGACGCGUCAAAAAGCAGACCUUGCGCGACGCACGCAUGACCGAACAACUCGAACGCAAGCAACGUGUCGAGCGAGAGAAGCGCGCCAGACAGAAGCACAUUGACUACCUCAGCACCAUUUGCAACCACGGCCGCGACCUCGUCGCAGCGCAUACAAGAAUGAACGACCAGGCGCGCCGCUUCGGUCGCGCCAUGCUCAAAUUCCACGCCGACUCAGAACGUGAAGAGCAGAAGCGAGUCGAGAGGAUCGCCAAAGAGCGUCUCAAUGCCCUUAAGGCCGACGACGAGGAAGCCUACCUCAAACUCAUCGACACCGCCAAGGACACACGUAUCACGCAUCUCUUGCGCCAGACUGACGGCUACCUCGACAGCUUAGCCCAGGCCGUUCAAGCGCAACAGAACGACGACGUUCACGCCGACGCCAUCGCAGCCGAGCGCGCCGUCGAAGAAAGCGCCAACCAGGAGGUGGGCGUCGCCGUCGACGAGACCAUGUUCGGUGCUACUCGUCAAGACGACCCGAGCGAGGAUCGCGGAAAGGUAGACUACUACUCGGUCGCUCACCGCAUUACGGAGCGUAUCACCCAACAGCCUUCCAUCCUCUCUGGAGGUACCCUGAAGGAAUACCAGAUGAAGGGUUUACAGUGGAUGAUCUCGCUCUACAACAACAGGCUUAAUGGCAUCUUGGCUGAUGAGAUGGGUCUCGGUAAGACGAUCCAGACCAUCUCGCUCAUCACCUACCUCAUGGAGUUCAAGAAGCAGAACGGACCUUUCCUCGUCAUCGUGCCCUUGUCGACGCUCACCAACUGGGUCAACGAGUUCAACAAGUGGGCUCCCUCGGUCUCGACGCUCAUCUACAAGGGUACGCCCAACGUGCGAAAGCAGCUCACCGGCCGUCUUCGCUCGAUGAACUUCCAGGUGCUGUUGACGACCUACGAGUACAUCAUCAAGGACAAGCAUCUGCUCGGCAAGAUCAAAUGGGUCCACAUGAUCAUUGACGAAGGUCAUCGUAUGAAGAACACACAGUCCAAGCUCACCAUCACUCUCACCCAGUUCUACACGAGCCGGUAUCGACUUCUCUUGACCGGAACGCCGCUGCAGAACAACUUGCCAGAGCUGUGGGCGUUGCUCAACUUUGUACUCCCCAGGAUUUUCAACUCGGUCAAGAGUUUCGACGAAUGGUUCAACACGCCUUUCACCAAUACUGGUAGCGAAGGAGGUAUGAUGCUCAACGAAGAAGAGGCUCUGCUCAUCAUCAAGCGUCUCCACAAGGUAUUGCGACCUUUCCUGCUGCGUCGUCUCAAGAAAGAUGUGGCGUCCGAGCUUCCUGACAAGGUGGAAAAGGUGAUCAAGUGUAAGAUGAGUGCGCUUCAGCUCAAGCUCUACCAGCAGAUGAAGAAGCACAAGAUGAUCUUGUCAGGCGAGGACAACAGCACCGCCGGUAAGAAGGCCAAGCCGCAGGGUAUUCGAGGUCUACAAAACGCUAUCAUGCAGCUGCGAAAGAUCUGCAACCACCCUUAUGUCUUUGAACAAGUCGAGCUGGCCAUCAACCCGACCAAGGAGAACGGUCCAGAUUUGUAUCGAGUUGCCGGCAAGUUUGAGCUGCUAGAUAGACUGCUGCCCAAGCUGUUCGCUACCAAGCAUCGUGUGCUCAUCUUCUUCCAGAUGACUGCCAUUAUGGACAUCAUGGAAGACUUUUUGAGAUACCGAGGCUUCAAGUACCUUCGUCUCGAUGGUUCCACCAAGCCCGACGAUCGUUCGCAGCUGCUUAAGCUCUUCAAUGCGCCAGGAUCGGACUACUUUGUCUUUAUCCUCUCCACACGAGCCGGAGGUCUCGGUCUGAAUCUGCAGUCGGCCGAUACCGUCAUCAUCUACGAUUCGGAUUGGAACCCUCACCAGGAUCUGCAGGCGCAGGAUCGUGCGCAUCGUAUCGGUCAAAAGAUGGAGGUGCGUAUCUUGCGUCUGGUGACCGAAAAGUCGGUCGAGGAGACCAUCCUUGCGCGAGCGCAGGACAAGCUUGAAAUCGAGGGCAAAGUUAUCCAGGCGGGUAAGUUCGAUAACCAGGCCACCGCCGACGAGCGAGAACUGCUGCUUCGGGCUAUGCUGGAGGCGGACAAUGACGACGAAGACGAUGACGACGGCGACUUUAACGAUGACGAGCUUAACCAGCUGUUGGCGCGUGGCGAACACGAGGUUCCCAUCUUCCAGCAGAUCGACAACGAGCGACAGGCGUCGGAUACCGAAUUUUGGAAGUCGCUGGGCUACAAGGGCAAACUGCCCGAGCGACUCAUGCAGGAGAGCGAGCUGCCUGCCGUCUAUCAACAGGACUUUGACGCUGAUAAGCUCGAAGACGAGGUCGAGGAGGAGCAGCCGGCUACACGAAAGAGGAACGUUGUACACUACGACGACGGCUUGACCGAGGAUCAGUUCCUGCGCGCUCUCGAAGAUGACGAUGUGGAUCUCAACGAUAUCGUCGAGCGCAAGCGUGAACGUAUCGAGAAGCGGCGAGCCAAGGCCAUGAUGCAGUCGAUGGAUUCAACCGAAGGCACUCCCGAGGUCGAGGGCGGCAGGCGCAAGAAGGGUGUUGGCCGGGGGCGCGGGCUCGGUGGCGCCAGUGAGACACCCGAGCCAUCGCCUGGACCCUCGGCUCGAAAGCGAAAACGUUUCGGAGGCGUUUCCAUGGACGGAUCGCCGGACUACGAAGAGAGCCCUUCCGCGGCGCGCAUCGCGCAGCCCAAGCGUCGCAAGACGGGCGGCGAAGACGACGUUCGUGACCGCAUCAAGUACGCGCUUAACCAGUGUUACCGCGCGGUCGAGACGUGCUUGGAGCCCGAGACGGGUCGCAAGCGAUGCCUGCUCUUCCUGGACGUGCCGAAGAAGACGGACUACCCGGACUACCACGUCAUCAUCGAAAAGCCCAUUGCGAUGCGUCAGAUCAAGCGCCGGAUCGACAACCGCACGUUCCGGCGUGUCGAUACGUGUCGCGACGAAUUUCACCUGAUGGUUCGCAACGCAAAGACGUACAACCAGGAAGGAUCGUGGGUCUACAAUGACGCCGUAGAGCUACAAAAGGCAUUUGACACGACCUACGACAUGUUAUGUCGAUUUAGCGGUUUGCCAGGCUCUGAAAACGAGGGUGAGGCUGCGGCUGGCGAUACGUCUGUCAACGAUACUCAGAAUGAAGCCGAGGACGAUAAUGACGAUGGUGGAGAGGAUGAUGACGAAGAUGGCAAGCCGGUCGCUGCAGCUCCGAGGGGCAUCAAGAUCAGGUUGGGCAAGAGGAGUAAGGUUGUGAAAAAUGGCAAGCGCGAUGAAUCUGAUGAUGACGAAUGA